ACAAUACAGUUGCUUCAUCGACGUACUAUACUACCUAGGUAUACCUAAAAUAAUUAUAUAUUACCAGUGACAUACAUCAUUUAUAACUUGUUCCAGACCUACGAAAAAGCCACUUUGCGCCUUUCAAUAACAGACUUAUUUAUGAUGACGACCGAAUAAGAAUUCUUACUUUCAGCCAGUCUACAACAUACAGCAUAUGUGUUGUUCAUAAUCUCUUUAGCUCAGCUCUGCCGCCUGCCUGAGCUUGCGACAGAGCUAUUAUACUUCUUGCCCCUCCACUUACACGCCUCACCUACAGUGUCCAGUAGUAUUUAGUAGGUCCCUAACUACAAGAUAUCAUGAUACGACUUCUCCAAUUGCCAUGUGGCCUUACUGCCACUCUUUUGGCCACUCUCUGCUUGCAUUCUGGCCAUGUCGUAGCCGGGCCAUCUAUCAAUGUUGCUAUGCAGGCUGCCUUUCCUGCUCCUCCAUAUCUUGUCGAGCUUCUAGAGACUGCCGCGGGGGAGAACACAACAUCGUAUUUCCCCUUACUCGACCGAAUCGCCGAUGGAACCUUCGCAAAUGCAAAAACGGAUAAGGACCUAUACGAAAAGUUUCUUGACAUCCUUCAACAAGAUGGUCAUUUUCAAAGUCCCGAGGCCUUGUCCACCUUUCGACUCGCUCUCUCCAUGAGAUCAGCAGCUCCCAGGAUAGAAGCGCAUUACCAAUACUAUGACACGGCCGUUGUGCCGUCACUAGAACAAGCUAGAAAUGACUGCGAUGAAUGGGUGCUCCUGGGUGGGAAACAGUAUUGUUCGGCCUCGCUUGCGAACUCUGAAGGUCAAGUCUCAGGAGACACACAAAUACGCUCACUCCCGUUCGACCGAGCCUUGGGCGCUGGGGCUGAGGCCAUUUUGUACGCCGAUAUCACUAGGCCUGAGUUUGGCCCUUUUCACAAAUCAUUAGCUCAGAUGGCCCGAAAAGGAGAAGUUUCUUACCGCCUACGAUACCGUAUUGACCAAGCCAAGGAACGAGAGCCGCUGCCGGUUAGUGGAUAUGGGGUGGAGCUUCAGUUGAAACGAACAGACUACAUCGUUAUUGACGACCGCGAUGCUGAGAAGUCUGAGACAAGUUCGGCUAUCGAAUCUGUGCCUACCGAAGUGGUGCUCGAUGGGGAGCAGGAAGUCACAGAUCUCAAACCCCUAUCGAGCUCCGAACUAUCAUCGUUAGGGCUUAAGGCUGGGUCGUUCAUCAUGCAAAGCGAUGACCCCUUUCAAACCCUAAUCAAGCUAACUCAAGACUUUCCCAAAUUCUCUGCGUCAAUUGCAGCUCAUAAUGCUUCAAGCGCGUUCGUUACAGAACACCGAAAAAAUCGAGCUUUGAGUGUUCCUGCCGGGAUGAACGUCCUUUGGAUGAAUGGCGUUCAGCUGAUCGAGCGACAAAUAGAUCCAUUUACUCUCGUUGAUGGCAUCCGCAGAGAACGAAAGCUCAUCGAGGGCGUCACAGAAUUAGGUUUGACUGGGGAAGAAGCCGUGUCUUUACUUGGCCACCGUGAAGUGACAAUCGCCAAGUCUGACGACGAGCCUAGUAGAUUUGAUUGGCGAGACGAAAUUGAAGAGGGUCGUGUUAUUGUCUGGUUGAACAAUAUUGAAAAAGACAAGCGAUAUGCUGAAUACCCUACAAGUCUCAUGGCUCUUAUGCAAAGGACAUACCCUGGGCAGAUCCCACCAAUUCGAAAAGAUAUUUUCAAUCUGGUCCUUCCGAUUGACUUCACUAAAUCUGAAGAUCUGACUCUGGUCGUUCAGCAGCUCCAAAUGUUCAUUAAGAGGUUGUUACCUGUCCGCUUUGGAUUGGUUCCAUUAACACCAACCAAGGAGGCUGAGGAACGAGCAAAAAUAGUAUACUACGUGCUUGAGAACUAUGGUCUGGCUACUCUUAUGUCUUAUCUAGAAGCUUGCAGCAUAGGGACAGCCACUGAGCAAUCGAUUUUUGAGAAGGCCAUCAAAAAUCGAACUCCGAAAGAUGAGGACAGCAGGGCUCUUCCGUUUAAUGAAGUUAUCGAGUCUGAAGCCUAUAUGAAACAAGUCGAACUUGCAAAGCAUUGGGUAGAACGGCUCAACGCUGAUACCGAAAUACCUCCGAUGUUUCUUAAUGGACUCGCUAUACCGCGAGAAGAUAACUGGCUUCAGACAAUGAGCAUGAAGAUGAGCAACGAUUUACAGAUGGUCCAGCAAGGCAUUUUCAUGGGCAAAGUCAGCGACGAUGUGUGGAUACCCGGACUCUUCAUAGAAGGUGCCCCGACUCGGCGUAACCCCUACAUCUUCCCAGAGAGUAAUAAUGCCCUUGUCGUCUUAGACGUCAAUAAGUUGUACUCGGAACAUAGCGACCUAUUUAACAAAAUCCCGGUCAUCGAAGCCAACCAAGAUACGAGCAAAGAAUCUUGGGCAACCCUUACUAUCGUGGCUGAUUUGACCUCUGAGCAAGGUCUGCAUCUUGUAUCUUCUGCUUUGGCCUUCCGACGCAACAACCCGGGAAUACGCAUUGACAUUGUCAACAACCCACCACCAUCUAGCAAUGUACAAGAUAUUGCCGAAUUGCUCACUACCCAGCUCUUGGAACUCGCGAACCUCAACGAGCUAGAAUUCCUCGAGCAAGAUCCGCGUGAUGCAAAGGAGGGCGGAUAUAACGCCGCCUUGUCUCGAUUCCUAUCAGCCACUGGGUUUGCGCCAGGUGCCCAGCUUCUCAUCAUCAACGGUCGUGUUGUCGGUCCAUUUAUUGCCAAGUCGACGUUCAAAGAAACGGACUUCGAGCUCCUCCUCGAAUUUGAACAGGCUACUCGUAUUAAUCCUGUAUAUAAUGCGAUUCAAGCACUGGGUUUGACGGAUAAAAUCUCAAAUCCGCUAGCUGCGGCUAAGCUCACGUCAAUCACCGCCUUGUCGACCAUUUCAGACCUUCCAGAAGGAAUAUUUGAGUCUGCGCCGACCCUACGAACGACCAUGUUUGACCAGUGGAACUCAACCCAUACAAUGAUCCAUGUCGGCGAAGCCUCCACGGCCAGUAUUCACUUUGUGGCCGUCAUCAACCCUGCUAGCGAGUUGGGACAAAAAUGGGCUCCCAUACUCGAAGUUUUGUCACAACUUGAUGGUGUCUACAUGCGUAUUUUCUUAAAUCCCCAAGAGAAGCUCAGUGAGCUUCCAGUCAAGAGAUUCUACCGCUACGUAUUAGACUCAGCACCUUCAUUUGACGAUGCUGGAAAGGUCAUCUCUCGAGGCGCGACAUUCAAAGGGAUUCCUUCCGAAGCUCUUCUAAAUCUGGGCAUGGACGUUCCACCUGUCUGGCUAGUAGCAGCUAAGAACUCGAUUCACGAUCUUGACAAUCUCAAAUUGAGCUCGAUCAAGUCAGACGUGGACGCCGGGUACGAACUCGAGCAUAUCCUCAUCGAGGGCCACUCUCGAGAAACCUCGGGCGGUGCGCCCCGCGGUGUGCAACUAUUGCUUGGUACUGAGAGUAAUACUCACUUUGAUGACACAAUCAUCAUGGCCAAUCUGGGCUACUUCCAAUUCAAGGCCAACCCUGGUUAUUACAAUAUUUACCUCAAAGAAGGGAGAAGCUCAGAGAUAUUCGAUAUCAUCAGCGUCGGCGCAAAAGGCUACAACGCCGUUCCAGGCGAUGAGGGCACGGAAGUGGCUCUUAUGGACUUCCAAGGUACCACCCUAUACCCACGGCUAGAGAGGAAAGCUGGUAUGGAGCUAGAAGACGUUCUCGAGGAGAGUACAGCAGACUCCAGUGGGGACCUCCUAUCUCGUGGCCUUAAGUUUGCCGAGGGGAUUUUGGGCGGAUCGAAGCCAAAAUCUAAGUCUGUCUCGGCGGAGGAGCAUGCCGAUAUUAACGUCUUCUCUGUGGCAAGCGGUCAUCUUUACGAGCGCAUGCUCAACAUCAUGAUGGUUUCUGUCAUGAAGAAUACAAACCAAACGGUCAAGUUCUGGUUCAUCGAGCAGUUUCUAUCGCCUUCCUUCAAGGAGUUUAUACCGCACUUGGCGGAAGAAUACGGCUUCAAGUACGAGAUGGUCACAUAUAAAUGGCCCCACUGGCUACGACAGCAGAAAGAGAAGCAACGUGAGAUUUGGGGUUACAAGAUCCUCUUCCUCGAUGUGCUCUUUCCUCUCUCGCUCGACAAGGUCAUUUUCGUCGAUGCGGAUCAGAUCGUCAGGACGGACCUGAUGGAUCUCGUAAAUCUUGACCUAGAGGGCGCGCCUUAUGGAUUUACGCCGAUGUGCGACUCCCGAACAGAGAUGGAGGGCUUCCGGUUUUGGAAACAGGGUUAUUGGAAGAACUACCUCAAGGGAAAGCCGUACCAUAUCUCAGCCCUCUACGUGGUUGAUCUCCGCCGCUUCCGACAGCUCGCUGCCGGCGAUAGACUUAGACAACAUUACCACCAGCUAUCGGCCGAUCCGGGAUCCCUUUCCAACCUCGAUCAAGACUUACCAAAUCAUAUGCAGUUCGUGAUUCCGAUCCACAGCCUUCCGCAGGAGUGGCUUUGGUGCGAGACGUGGUGCAGCGAUGAGAGUCUAAAGGAAGCGCGCACUAUCGAUCUAUGUAACAAUCCGCAAACCAAAGAGCCGAAGCUCGACCGGGCGAGAAGGCAGGUUCCGGAGUGGACUGCAUACGACGACGAGAUCUCAGCCGUUGACCGACGGCGGAGAGGGUUAGCCGCAGAUACAAGCACAAUCGGCGAUAGUGAUGCUCAGAAGAAGUUAGUUGGGGAAGAUGACGGUGGUGUUGAGAAGAACACGAAGAGCAGACGACUUGAUGAGGAUACCGAGGCAAAGACGAAGAGAGUUAAAGAUGAAUUGUAGGUACUCGACAUGUUAUACUCGACAUGCUCGACACGAGGAGGUGCCAGGCAGGUGUAUAUAAGUAACAUAAGAAUACUUAGGUAACCUAGUAUAUAAGUAAUACUAGGUAAGUAAGUAUAAAAAGACUCGAUGAUGUGGAUAAGUUAUACCGAAUGCACGUCUGUGACAUUGACC